GUUUCUUUUUCAGGGGCUGUAGUCCUUUUCUGUUUCUGUGUUGUAACAUUUACUCUAAACGCAACAGUAAUACUGGUUAUCUGGAAAGAUCCCUACAAGGAGCUCAGACAAACCGCAGCUAACUUUCUCAUUUUAAACCUCGCUGUGUGUGAUUCACUCGUGGCUUUAACAAGCGAGAUUCUCUUAGGUCUUCUUCACUGGUUUCCUGAUGAUCAUUCCCUGAAACAUGCGGCGUACACUUUCACCAGUGCAGCAUUCUUUGCGUCGAUUUUGACGAUGGCUUGCCUUGCGGUGGAACGCCUGAUUGUCAUUGCGUCCUCAUCAACAAUGGCCCAUUUUACAUCUUGUAAACGGGUUUUGGUUUUCUUGACUAUUUGGUUAUUAGCUGGAAUACUGGCCCUUCCUUCCGUAACAGGAUGGGAGUUUUUUGAAAAACAUCAUGUGUUCUAUAUUGCUGACAUUAUCUGCAUCCCUAUUACAAUCAUAGUGUUUGCUUGCUACACAAGAAUUUAUUUUCUGGUGAGAAGACAAUUGCAUCUGGACAUAACGACUUCACAAGAGAGGCUGUUAGAAGGGCAACCUUUGACGGAAAAUUCUCGCCUAAUGCAGAAAGUAAAAAUGAAGGAAAGAAGUGUUGCGUUCACAGUAUUCAUACUGGUUUUGUUAUUUACGGUUUGUUGGAUUCCAGUGUCCAUCGUUUCAACCAUAAAUAAAUUUUGUAAUAGUAGCGAUUACGAAUCGGCAAUGUACUAUACAGGGUAUUUAGUAUUUCUGCAGCCGCUGCUAAACCCAAUUGUUUACUCGUUACGUACAGCUAAGUUUCAAAAAGCCCUUUGGAGAGUCGUCAAGCGAACCAUUUAUCACUGA